AUGGCGCCGCCAGACGCCAACCCCGCUCUCUCCUCCUCUCCACCAGAGGCGGUGGAGGUUGAUAACAUCAGCCCCCUGCCCGACGUCAUAAUCUACCAUAUCUUCUGCUUCUUACCCUUCAAAGACCUGGUGAAGACCAGCGUGCUGUCCAAGCAAUGGCGUUUGGCUUGGACCUCCACCCCAAACAUCGAUGUCUCUCUCCGCUCAUGGCUUGUCGUUCCUUCGAUCAGCAAAGCACUGAGUAUCUGCACUGCCACUAAGAUAGAGAAGUUCCAUGUGGACUUUUACGUCCGUACUGAAUUCGAUCGGUGGUUCCGCUUUGCGGCGGCACGCCAAGUGGAGGACGCUUCGUGUCGUGUCGUACCACAAUUCAUGUGCGAUUGCACGUCGCUGGUGAGCUUGCGAAUAUCGAAGGCUACUUUUCCACCGGAUUUUACCAUCCACUGGCCUUCACUUAAGAAAUUGUGCCUUCACGACUUUAUUUUCGAUUACUUUCCCUCGGAGAAGGAUGUGAUUAUGAAAAUCAUGAGGGGGUGCCCUGUUCUUGAAUCUUUUACGUUGCGUUCCUCCUGGCUCGAAGCUCGCGACAUCUGGAUUGAUUCAAGAUCUCUAAGAGAGUUGGUGAUUGAAGCGGAUAUUUCUUCGUCGCUCAUUCUUUCGGCUCCGAAUCUGCUUUCAUUGCGUUUGUCAGGUGGAUUUGUCUCCAGCCUAAUUGGAGUAUCUUCAUUAGCAGAGGCAGAGUUGAACUUUAACGAGCCAACUCGUCGUUGGAAAAAAGAUUUUCCAAAGCUCUGCAACUUUGUUGAAAAGCAAUUUGGGCGCUCACGGAAGGAUUUCCCUUGUGUGGCAAAUCAGCUCAAAAGGGUUGAAAUUGUCGGCUUCGAAUUCAACAAUGAGAAAUCAAAACUUUUGCGUGCUUUAGCUAAGUUUCUUCUCGAGGAGGCAGUUGAAUUGGAGAAGAUAGACAAUCCGUGCUGA